GAUAAAAUAAACAACUUCUAAUGUAUUAAUAAAUAAAUUUUGUAUUAUUUGAAUAGUACAUUUUAAUAGGAUAUUCAUUUUCAUAGGUUAAAAAUGAGUAAUAGUAUCAAUGUUUCUAAAUAAAUUUAUUUAUUGACUUUUGAUACAAAAUUUGAAAUGGAUUAAAAUUUAUUGACGAUAUAUUUGACAACGUCGUAACAGUACGCCAUGUCUUUCCUGUAAUCCUCCAUCAUUGUAGACAUCUACGGAAAUAUUUUGAUUUGGCAAAAUUAAAUACCAAACCUAGAGAAAAUCGUAUUCAACAGGAGUAUUACGAAGUCAAUAAGGUAAGAGUCAAGUCCGUGAAGUACAAAAGUGGUAAUAACAGUUUCUUUUCUUCCAAAGAUUGUGUUAUGUAUAAUUACAGUUAAGUUGAUGCCAGUAGUACAUGGUUAUUAUUUCAAUAGUUCGUAUCAAGUAUAAUGUCGCGAAAGACUAUUAGUAGUUUGUGUUGUGAGUCUCGAAGUUGAAAGUCCGGGUUUAAGUCAAAUAAGUUAGUAGUUUGGAAUUAAAAAUAUUUAAUGAAGAAGCAAAAUGUUGUAUCUCAACAGUGCCUUUAUGGUAAUGAAGGAUUAUACGUCUGUCCGAAGUUUCAAUGGAUUCCGAAGAAUCGCGCGAGGCUUCCUCUGGAAGCGAAAGCGAAGAUAAUAAGGGCCGUCAAAGUCGUUCUAGUAAGAAAUCAGAGGGAGAUUCGUACAAAUCACAAUCAUCAUCAAGAUCUUCAACUCCUGGAAGUAGAGCCCAUUCUGCUUCUUCUCAAAGUUCAAUUGGAACUACAAGUAGACCACCAUCUCCAGAAGCAAGAGUCCAUUCUAGAUCUUCUCGUAGAUCUCAAGUUUCUCAUUCUAGCAGGAGUAGGUCUCCAGUAGAUAAUAUAAACCAAAAAGAAAUCAGAUCACCUUAUUCUGACUCAGCAAAAGCUAGAUCUCCACAGAUUAAUAAAGCUGGACCACGAUCGUCCAGUUCCUCGUCUCGAUCAUCAGAUGACGAAAGACCAAAAUCCCCAGAACCUGAAGCAGAUAAACCAGAAGAACCACCUCAAAAUAAUCCAAAGUCACCAAGUCUCGAAAAAGAAUCCUCACACCCACCCAGAUCGCCAUCACCACAAAGUUCAUUUCGAAGCAGCUCUCCAGGAUCUCCAGAGAGAAAUUCUGAUCAUUUUGACAAAAAUAAUGAGAAUAUUAGAAGCCCCAAGAAACCUAGAAGUCCUUCACCUCAAAGCUCCAAUCGAAGUAGCUCGCUAGGAUCGCCAAGAAGAGACAAUAACUUUGAUAUUCAAAGAGGUUCUAGAAACGGUGAUCGGCAGGCAGUGAAAGGACCAAAAUCUCCUAUUUCUUCACGUAGUAGCUCCCCAGGGUCUAGAAAAUCGUUGAAAAAUGAUGGUAAUUUGUCAGGGCAUAGUGAUAGUAGUUCAAAAUCCAGUAGACAAUCUAGAAAAUCUCGUUCUUCAAGAGGAUCCAGAGGGUCAAUACGACAUAGAAGGCAAAGAGACUCUUCGGAUUCCAGUGAUAGCAGCGUAGAUUCUUCAAGUAGAAAGAAUAAGAAUAUUAGUAAACUGGAUGAUAUACAACCUGAAGAAAUUUCUGAUGGAGACAUUGAAUCUGAUCAUGACAAGGAAGAUAAAGUGAAACCUAAUAAUACGGUUAAGAGAGAAAUUAAUAUUUCUCAUGAAGAUCUUUCUGAUGUAUCCGAUUUGGAAGAUUCUCUGGGAGGUCAUUCCGAUGAAGAUGCUAAAUCUGACAAUAAAAUUAAUAGUUCUGAACAAAGGCAGGAUUCGAUUCGAACACCUUCUCCAGAACAUAAAAAGAUGAAUGAAAAACAAUCUAGAACUGAAGAAGGGGAGGAACAAUUAGAUUUCGAAGCUGAAGACGGCGAAUGCGAAGGGGAAAAUACCAAAGAAAAAGAUGAACAUGGGGAAGUGAAUAAAAUUGACGAUCCGGAAAAAGUUGAAGCAUCUGAAAAAGAUAAAAAAGAGGAAGUAGAAAAGGAGGAAUUAGAAGAAGGAGAAGUAACAGAUGAAGAUGAUGCCAGACCAGAAGAAACAGAACCGAGACCUGUUUGCCGAUUUUUUUCUAGAGGACAAUGUACUUGGGGUGCCAGUUGUAGAUUUUUACAUCCAGGAGUCACAGAUAAGGGUAAUUAUACAAUGUUUGAAAUGAUUAGACCUGUAGUACCAGGUGAAUAUAGAGACGAGAGAAUGUUUGGAGGUAAAACCGAAGCUCCUGUCAUAGAAACCGCUUGGGAAAGAGGUUUAAGAACUGCCAAAGAGAUGGUUAGAAAAUCGAUGAAACGAAAGGAACAAGACAUCGAUUUCGAAGAAAAGAAAAUGAAUUUGAGUUUAGCACAAGAAGAAUUUGACAAAGAAAACGGAUACUACGGAAGAAUGUCUUCACCAGAACCGAGAUAUGUUCGACAUGUUGAAUAUCCUAUAGUUAGACCGCCUCCUGAAGAAUACUACGGACGCAGACAGGUUGUUUACGAACAGGAUUAUAUGCCUCCACCCCGAGAACGUGUUAGAUCAUAUAGGGAAUUACCUAGUCAUCGUAUGCCCGAUUAUUAUAGUAAUAAAUAUGAUGAGGAACCGCCUCAUCCGAGUGUUGCUAGUAGUUCCACGAAGAGAGUGGUUAAACCGAAACGAGAGGUAAUUGUACAACGGGUGGAAAGUGAACGGCAGCCUUCCGGUCGAGGAGAUGAAUGGUCAGAUCCAUGGAUGAGAUCGAAAGAUCAAGGUAGACGAAAGGAAACGUCUGGUAGAAAAAGAUCCUACAGUUCAGGGUCCUCGUAUUCAUCCAGCAGAAGUUCAACGGAUUCAAGCAAGAGUUCGUAUAGAUCAAGAUCGAGAUCCCUUCGUAGACAUAGAUCGAGAUCACAUAAAGGAAAACCAGUUUCUCCGUCAGUUAUAGUAUCGGAAAGGAAAGCUGCGAACGAAAGAGCUGCUUUGAUGAACCCACCAGCGCCAAAGAGAAGAGCGCCGUCACCAGGUAUGAUGAGGCUGAACGCAUCUGCUAAUCCUCCUGCGCCUUCUAGAGACGAUGCUUUAAGUAGGAGUAGAAGUAAAUUGGCCGUAGCCGCAGCUUUAGCUAGAGUUAGAGGUCGUAAAUCAUCUAGGUCAUCAUCGGGAAGCUCUUCUGGAAGUUCGAGCGAUUCGGAUUCGUCGGAAUCUAGUAGCUCGAGCAGCAGAGAAAACAGUCCGCCUGUUAGAAGUCCGGCAGUAGAUCUGGUGAAAGCUAUGGAUGCUUUGAAAGGAGGCGCUCUCGAGAAAAAACAGAUCAAAUUGAAUCUAAAAAAUCCUGUGGGGGUAAAGAAAUCGGAGCAGUCUCGAAAUAUAGAGCCUCCGGUUGCUAAAAAACGACCAGCUAGUUCUCCUCCUCCGAGUGAUUCGAAAUCUAAGAAGACAACUUCUAGGAGGGAGGAAUUGUUGAAGCAAUUGAAAGCCGUCGAGGAUGCUAUUGCUAAAAAGAGAUCAAAAGUUAUUUAA